AUGGAUCUUUACGAUGAAUUGCCAGAAAGUAAGCUCCUUUAUGACGAAGAAUACGUGUAUCUUUUGGAUGCAGUUCAACAGAACAAUGUCUGCGUUGUAGAUUUUCUAACGCUUACACCAAAGGAAUUAGCAAGGCUAGUACAGAGGUCAAUAAAUGAAGUCUUCAGAUUUCAGCAAUUGCUUGUCCAUGAGUAUAAUGAAAAAUACCUAGAAAUUUGUGAAAAGAGCUCAAUCAGUGCAGAUGAAGGUCCAAAGUGUUUUUCAACCGCUGAUGUAGCGAUAGAUGAAUUGUUAGGUGGAGGAAUUUUCACGCAUGGUAUUACAGAAAUAUUUGGGGAGAGUUCUACCGGCAAAUCUCAACUACUAAUGCAGUUAGCGCUAAGUGUCCAGCUCUCUGAAGCUACUGGAGGCCAAGGGGGAAAAUGUGUAUACAUCACCACAGAAGGUGAUUUACCUACCCAGAGACUGGAAAGUAUGCUAUCCGCUAGGCCGGAUUUUGAAAAACUAGGCAUUUCACAAUCUAAAAUCUUUACGGUUAGUUGUAACGAUUUAAUAAACCAAGAACAUAUCAUUAAUGUUCAAUUACCCAUCUUAUUGGAAAGAUCUAAAGGCUCAAUAAAACUGGUUAUAAUAGAUUCAAUAUCUCACCACUUGAGGGUGGAACUUCAAAACAAGUCUUUCAGAGAAUCCCAGCAUAACAAAAACUACUUAGACAAAAUGGCAGAAAAGCUGCAAACUUUGGCCCAUGAUUAUUCAUUAGCCGUUGUAGUGGCUAACCAAGUAGGAGACAAACCACUAGGAAAUAGUCUGGUACCGCAUAAGGCGUAUGUAACUGACUAUGACUACCAGCUAGGUUGGUUAGUAGGGUGGAAAAACUCUACUAUUCUUUACCGGCAGAUGAAUUCACUGCUGGGAGCAAAUGCCAACAACGAUGAAAUACUUUCAGACGAUGAAGAUUAUAUGUUAAUCGAGAGAGUACUAAAAAAUGUAGAUGACCGAGCUCAUAAAUAUUCCUCACAAAAGAAAGAUCCAAUCAAAACUGAAAAGAAAUUUUUCGAACAACUCCCACAGGGCUUUAUUAACCAGCAAAAGAAAAAAAGAAAGUUCGACUAUCGUGUUCCUAAUUUAGGUCUGACAUGGUCUAAUCAUGUAUCAACACGAAUAUUACUUCAAAAAUCAUUCAAAGCUUCAACAAUAAUUCAGAGAGGCGAAGCUCACCUUUAUACGGGAAAUGACCCAGCAAAUUUUUGGCAAGUUAGAAGGACACUGAAAGUGGUAUAUUCGACGUUCGUUAAACCUGGGCAAAUGGCAUACCAAAUCACUAAAAGAGGGAUAGAAACAGUUUGA